UAAUUAAAAAGGUGAAAAAUUCUCAAAUGUAAUCAUAAAUUGCUCCAAAAACACAGUUACUAUCCAUUAAUCAAAAUCCUAAUUCAGCCAAGGUAAUGCUUAUCCGUAUGUAUGUGUGUAUAUAUUUCCAUUUGUCUUUUAUAAAUACCCUUUAUCACACUUCAGAAAUCACGAGCAGAUUCUGAUAAUAGUAGUAGCAACUUUUUUUUGGUUUUGUUCUGCGAUUUGGUUUUUGUUGUUGAAGAAGAAGAUGGAACUUGAUCUUUCUCCAAAGUUGGCUAAGAAAGUUUAUGGUGAGAACGGUGGAAGCUAUCAUGCUUGGUGCCCCAAUGAACUCCCUAUGUUGCGUGAAGGUAACAUUGGUGCAGCCAAGUUGUCGCUCGAAAAAAAUGGCUUUGCCCUUCCUUGUUACUCUGAUUCUUCCAAGGUUGCCUAUGUUCUUCAAGGAGCUGGUGUUGCUGGAAUUGUCCUUCCUGAAUCAGAGGAGAAAGUGAUUGCAAUUAAGAAGGGUGAUGCUAUUGCUCUUCCUUUCGGUGUUAUUACCUGGUGGUAUAACAAGGAGGACACUGAAUUGGUGGUGCUCUUUAUGGGUGAUACCUCUAAAGGCCAUAAAGGUGGGCAGUUUACUGAUUUCUUUUUGACUGGCUCCAAUGGUAUCUUCACUGGCUUCACAACUGAGUUUGUGAAAAGAGCAUGGGACGUGGAUGACGAAACUGUUAAGGCACUUAUCGGGAACCAAACAGGCAAAGGCAUUGUGAAGCUGGAUGCAAAUGUUAAGAUGCCUGAACCAAAGCCAGAACACCGAAAAGGAAUGGCCUUGAACUGCGAGGAGGCUCCAUUAGAUACUGAUAUUAGGAAUGCUGGCAAUGUUGUGGUGUUGAAUACCAAAAAUCUACCUUUGGUUGGUGAGGUUGGGCUUGGUGCUGAUCUUGUUAGGUUGGAAGGAAAUGCAAUGUGCUCUCCUGGCUUUUCUUGUGAUUCAGCACUGCAGGUGACAUAUAUUGUUAAGGGAAGUGGUCGUCUCCAAGUUGUCGGUGUUGAUGGCAAAAGGGUCCUGGAAACCAUUGUGAAGGCAGGUAAUCUGUUGAUCGUACCAAGGUUCUUUGUCGUUUCAAAGAUUGCUGAUCCAGAUGGUUUGUCAUGGUUCUCUAUCAUCACCACUCCCAACCCUGUAUUCACCCACUUGGCUGGAAGUAUUGGGGCUUGGAAGGCGCUAUCUCCUGAAGUUCUUCAGGCAUCUCUCAAUGUUCCUGCUGAGACAGAGAAGGUUUUCCGCUCCAAGAGAACCAACGAUGCCAUCUUCUUUCCACCACCAAAUUGAAGAAACGAAGACUUCCUUUAGCUCUCUGCUUGUAUUAGUUAUUCAAUAAAUGCUUUUCAUGUAAGAGGAUGCUAUGGUAUUAAAACAUGGUUUAAGUUUUCUUAUAUGGGGUAAUAGUAUUUGCCUUUCAU